UUAACGAUCGUCGUUGUAUUCGGUGAAGUGGUUUGUUGUUUGUUAUCGUGACACACGAUAGACAUGCGUUAAUUCAGUUAACUUUUUAUAUAUAUAUUUAUUGUUUUCUUCCCGAUAUUUUUUAAGUGUGUGGCCCGAUAGAUAGUUUUAUUUAUUAAUGAUUGUUCAGAUUUAAAACUGAAAGUGAAUUUUAUACAAUAGUUUUUUUUGUGUGAUUUUAUAACAGAAAAAAUAAUAGUAAAUCCAUAACAAUGUUUGGACCAAGUUUAUUACCCUUGUUUAUAUUCGUAUUGUGUACAUUUCCUUUCGUGCACUUAAAACCAGAACCAAUACCGGAUCAACUCGGUAGUUAUUAUGAUAAUCUCCCCAACGAUGAAGCGUCCGAUGAAGGAGAUGAAUAUGAUUCGUAUGAUGACAACGAGGGUAUCAUAUCUCCAACCGAUGAUGAAAACGCAAAAAUUAUUAGUGUACCUAAAAGAAUUUCAGCUUUAGAAGGAGAUAAUGUUGAAUUUGAAUGCCAAACUGACAAACAAGGCUUGUCAUUUGUCGUACAAUGGUUUAAAGGGAAACAAUUGAUAUUCCAAGAUGAUUUGUUUGCAUUAAGUCGUGAUUUAAAAGGUCAUUAUCGUAAAUCUGAUAAUAAUACAUUAACAAUAUUAAAUGUAACAGCUGAAGAUAAAGGUGAUUAUAUUUGUCAAGUUAAAGCAGCAAAAGAUUUAACCAUAAAGCAUCAUUUAACUGUUAAAAUUCCACCAAAAAUCGUUCGGAUUUUACCAAAUGAUAAUUAUCAAGCCGUAUUAAAUGAUCGAUUAAACAUGGUUUGUGAGGCUACUGGCUCACCACCACCAAAAGUCAAUUGGGCAAAACAGGGUGAACGAUUACCACAACUAAAUAAACGAAACUCAAGUAUAAUUACAUUUGAAAAUAUUAAAUUACAUGAUGCUGGUACUUAUCAGUGUAUGGCUGAUAAUCAAGUUGGCGAUCCAGCUAUUUCACAAAUUACAAUUCGUGUUGCACAUAAACCACAGAUAGAAAUUGAAAAAUCUACAAUUAGUUCUGAAAAAGAUUAUACAUCAGUGUUAACAUGUAUUGCACGAGCAACUCCACCAGCUCUUACAGAGUGGUUUAAAGAUGGUAAAAGAAUUGAAACAAACGAAAAAUAUAACAUCAGUAAUCAAGGACACUAUCAUAUAUUGCAAAUAAAGAAAACUGAACAAUCAGAUUUUGGAAAAUACACAUGCGAAUCGAAAAAUGGUUUAGGUACAACAAAAAAAGUUAUUGAAUUGACAGCGUCACCAGUACCAAUUAAAUUUGAAGCAGAGCCGAAAGGUCAUAAAGCCAUUUUCAAAUGGUCAUUCCAAUCACUUGCUCCUAUUUUAUUAUAUGAUUUACAAGUCAAAUAUCCCAAUUCACAUUAUAUUGGAGUAUUUAAUGAUGAUUGUAAUCCUGGAAAAGAACCAGUUGGAAACAUUUACUCUGUACAAUGUGAGUAUGACGCUCCAGCAGUAGGGGAAUAUGAAGCAAAAGUUAGUGCAAAAAAUACUUAUGGAGAAUCUCAUUAUAAAAUCAUCAAGUUUAAAAUCGAUCCAGCACCGGAAAAUAUUUCUACUGGCUCUGGAAACAGUUUACAAACUACGUUUGUUUUAUAUUUAUUGGCAGCUGUAACAGUAAACUUGUAUUCAAAACUCUAACGUAUAAAUUUUAUACUUCCAUAAGAGAAUCCUCCUUAAAUACAAAAAAGUUAAUAAUAUUAGUGUAAAAAAAUACUAAUCUAUAAUUUCAAAUAUAGUAAUCAAUAAUAUUAAGGACUCACUCACUGUAAAUGAUCUUGUAACAGUUCGUCCUUACAAAGAUUGAUUACUAUACUUGAAUUGGAAAAUUAUUUUAAUAGACAAACCAAAGAUUCUUCUCACAAGUCAAAAGUUACAAAUAAGUUUGUAACAUUAAUUUUUUGUACACAUAAAAUAAGAACUAAACAAAAAAAUUACAUAAAAACUAUCCGCAAGGCAAAUAGUCUGGUAGAAUAAACCAUGGCGUAAAGAAAACACAAAAUCAGCCGGUGUGCAAGCUACGUAUAAUGAAAUGCGCAGAAUGAGACGAAUUGCGUACUCAAGAAGUAGCAUACUUUGCUUUCUUUACGCUUUAUUUAUAUAUUCAUGAAUUACCUUCGAUCCACAAAUCGUGAGAAAUCUAUGAUAUAAAAAUUUACACAAAGAUUACGUAAGUAAUUAUUUAUGGUAUAAUUUAAGUUAGCAUAAUCGAAUAAUGUGUACAAGUUCAGCUAUAAAACAAAAAUGCUAUAUUUAAGUUAAAAAUGCUUAGCUUUAAA